AUGAGUAGAUUUUCCCUCAAAGGUCGUACAGCGCUUGUGACUGGAGGAGCAAGAGGCUGUGGCCUUGCAUUUGUCGAGGGCCUGGCAGAAGCCGGUGCGGACGUGGCCAUCUUUGACGUGAUAGCUCCUGUCGAAGCAUUCUUUGCCAUUGAAAAGACAUAUAAUGUCAAGACCAAACACUAUAAGGUCGAUGUCAGCAGCAUUGACAGUCUGACCCAAGGCUUCGCGGCCUUCAAAGCCGAUUUCGGGAACAAGCUGGACAUUUGCGUGCCAUGUGCGGGAAUUAACAAAAAUCUUGCCUUCCUGGAAACUUCAUUCGAAGAACACCAGAAACUACUAAGCGUGAAUGUCCUCGGCGUAUACCACACUGCUCAGAUGGCCGCAAAGCAGAUGAUCGAAAAUGGAACCAAGAGCGGUAGUAUCAUUCUUGUGGCAAGUAUUGCAAGCUACAUGGCCAUCCGGAGUCAGAUGAGCAGUGCAUAUUGUGGCACAAAAGGGGCAGUCAGAGCUAUGUGUCCGGCUAUCGCAGCUGAGUUGGUUCAAUACAGCAUCAGGGUCAACUCUAUCUCCCCGGGUUAUGUGAGAACCGAAAUGACUACGCCGUUUCCUCAUCUGCUGGAAAGCUGGAAGGACGAGAUCAUGAAUCGACGGGUAGCAAUGCCAGAUGAUAUCAGAGGUGCAUGUGUCUUUUUGGCCAGUGACGCCAGUUUGUACAUGACCGGGCAAGACUUAUGUGUUGAUGGAGGUGUGACCAAAUGGUAG